CAGCAGCAGCAGCAGCAGCAGCAGCAGCAGCAGCAGCAGCAGCAGCAGCAGCAACAGCCAGAAAAAGGGAGGGAGCCGCCAUCAUUAUCUUCGUCGCCGCAGCCGCAGCCGCCGCCAGCGAGGUCAUGGUCCUUUGCAGAGUUCCUCCCGCUCUCGCUGUCGAGCUACGCCUCGACCACGCUGCCGUUUGUCCUCGCCGCGCACCGCGACCCAGCGCGGCUGGCGGAGCUCGACGACGCGCUGGAUGCCGCCACCAUCUGUACUGUCGGGCGGCGGGCGAGCUGUGCUCAGGGGCGGGCGCUGCUGGGCAUCUGGGAGAAGAGCCUUGUCGGAGACUUGGUGGUGGGGGGCGCGCCGGGGAACGACUUGAUCGACAACGACGACGACGAGGAAAUGGGAAGUGACAGCGAAGGCUAUGAUGACGACUCGGACGUGGUGGAGGACGAGCGAGUCCGACAGCGCAAUGUCGAUAUCCCCGCCGUCAUCAAGGCGUUUGCCAUGCUCCUCCGCCGCAGCGGCAGUCUCGCCGCCGCGAACAGCAGCAACACGACCACCACCACCACUACGCCCUCGGCCGCAAUCCCGCCCGUGUCAGCACACCUUGCGCCGCUCUUCGGCGCCAUCGCCCGUGCGCUGGGCCUCGACGCCCACCAUACGGCGUACAUCUUUAUGCUCUCGCACGUCAAGGCCCUCGUCUCGGCCGCGAUUCGCGCCGGCAUGUUUGGUCCGUUCCAGGCGCAGAAGAUUCUCGCCGGGAAGGAGGUCAGGGAGCUUCUGCCCGCUCUGAUCAAGAGGGAGUGGGACACGCCAAUCGAGAAGGCCGGGCAGAGCUCGCCGGUCGUGGAUCUUUGGAUCGGGAGGCAUGAGAUCUUGUACUCGAGGGUGUUUAAUAGCUGAGCCCCAUGGGAAAAUGGACGUGGUCGCGAUGACAGAGGGGGGGGGCGGGGGGGCAUUGCAGAUCUAUCAC